ACUAUGACGUCAUGAUUUGUGUGGGCCCUGGAACUGGAUGUGCUGUAGGCCUAAAGCUGCUACCGGCCUCUGCAUUUCCUAUUGGUAAAUCUAGUCGCUGUACAUUAUUGAAUAGUUUGGUCUCAAUUAAGUUACCUUCGAACGUCAGCUUGUGUACCAUGGAUGCCGUUGAGAGUGCAAAAAAUAAAGCUGCCUCAAUGGCUGUGGACCUUCAUAUUAAGGACAACUUCAGGAUUGGGAUUGGCAGUGGGUCCACUGUUGUGUAUGCUGUGCAGAGACUUGCUGAACGAGUUAAGAGUGAAGGACUGAAGGUGGUCUGCGUGCCUACAUCUUUUCAAGCCCGCCAGCUCAUAAUUGAGAAUAAUCUUCCACUUACAGACCUGGAAAUCACUCCUCAGUUGGAUGUAUGUAUAGACGGUGCUGAUGAGGCUGACUCAUCCCUAUGCCUCAUCAAAGGAGGUGGAGGCUGCCUCUUGCAAGAGAAAGUUGUUGCGUCGGUCUCGGAUCAGUUUGUUGUCAUUGCUGACUACAGGAAAAAAUCUACACACCUUGGGGAGCAGUGGAGCAAAGGUGUGCCAGUGGAAGUUGUUGGCAUGGCUUACCGUCCUGUGGCCAGCGCCAUUGAGCGACUGCUGGGAGGCAAAGCCGUACUGAGGCAGGCUAAGGCUAAAGCUGGACCUGUAGUGACUGAUAAUGGCAAUUUGCUGCUAGACUGGAUUUUCGAGGGACGCCACGACUGGAAAGCUGUUAACUCUACAAUUAAAAUGAUCCCAGGCGUCGUGGAGACUGGCUUAUUUGUGAACAUGGCUCGAGUGGCUUACUUCGGCAUGGAGGAUGGCAGCGUCAGCGAAGUGAAGAUGGACUAAACCAAGAGCCGUGGGACACUCUCAGUUCGAGACUUGCGCGGCGAGUAAGCAAAGAAAUCGUCCGUUUCUGCCGGUCUUAUCUCCUAGUGAUAAAUCGGUUCUCAGCAAUAACAAGUUAAUUUAACAAAUCCAGCAUAGAUUAAUAUGUGCUAGAAUGCUCCCUUUUCUCUUGUACAACUAUAAUUUUCCGCCCACUAUAGGUCACUUAAAUAUCAAUAUAUAAGGUAAGAUGUUUUGAUUGCUUGAAGCUAUGUGAACAACAAAUUAUUCUUGAUAUAAAUCCGCGUCUGCUCUUUCGCUCGCAACGCUGCGCUCAAUAACACUCGUUUGUCAACGAGGCCUAGUAUCAUGAAUUAUUUGACGGUCGUUACUCCGUUUACGGACUGGCUGAAUUGAUUCAAAUGCGGUUUACUUGUUUUAUUGGACUGAUAUUAAUUAAGGCAUUUAACCCUACAGUGAUCACGUGGAUUAAAUAUUAAAUCCUCGCCUACGGAAUUCGACCACAACGAAACCAACCGAAGUGGUGACCAAUCUGGUCAGUUUCUGCACGCGACCAGCGUAGGGUUAACUGAUUUGGUGUAUUGGUUUAGGCCGGUUGACUAAUUGGCUGGUUUGAAUUUCAACCAGUGUAAUUAUUUUCAUCCAGUUUACGGAUUGUUCAUAUUUUGAUGCUGGCGGUAUUACUUGAGAUGUUACCUCAUGAAUGUGGACCAAGGAAUAUAUGGUGACGUGAACGUAUUAGCUUGACUUGUUCUGCUUCAUGUUCGCUAUGCUGAUUGUUAAGAUCUCGGUGUUUCUUUUAAUUUUAUUUCAUGUUAAUUUAUUCGUAGUAAAAGUUUGUUCUUUUCUUUUAUUCUUAAACAGGCAUUUCAAAUUUUUUCGUGGUUUAUGUAUGUACACAAGUGAGAGGAACGCAAUACGUGCUUUCCUUAGAUUGUACGUGAUAUAUAUUUUUCUGAAUAUUUUGUUCAUAUCCGCCAAUCAAUAUGUUUUCAGCUCGAAGACAUUAGUUCCGAUUUAUUGUGGAACAUAGUAGUUGACAUAAAGUACCUAUAGUCAUUUAUUCUUUUGCAGUAUUAAAAUGAUUCGUCUCCCGUUUUCCCGCCCGUUUUUUUCCGACUUCAAUUUUUCGGUAUUUUGUGAUAUCGUAAUUUGCUAAAACCGUUAAUUUCUGUAUUAAGCUACCUGCAGGAAUAUUGUAAGUAGAUAUUAUUUUUUCAGGAAAAUUUGUCAUUUAUAAGUCGAGGUUAGCCUCGUGAUGAAUUGUGAUGCAAUACAUAUAGCAGAAAUA